AGAAGGAAGAAAGUAACGUGUGUCAGAUUUGUGUUAACGGUUAAGACCUAAUGCUCAGUUAGUGCUGGAGGAGAUAACGUGAAUGAGACUCUGUCUGCUCGAAUAGACAAGUGAAGAGCGAUGUGCAGGAAGAUGAGAAAGACGACACCAUGUUCCCCUGUGGAGGUUCUGCUGAGCACCGUGACCCUCGUCCUGUUUGUGGUGUGUGUCGGGCUCGCCGUCGUCUCCUGGUUAGCGCUACAGACAGGUAACGAAGCUCCAGCGGGGAGCAGCAACUCGUCGUUCAGUGGAACUCUGACCAUCUCGGAGGGAGCGAGUUUCACUGAGGAGCUCAGGAACAGGAGCAGUGUGCAGUUUAAAGCUCUGGCCUUUGACACCGAGCUUCUGGUUACGGAGGCGUACGCACUCGGCUCAUUAGGAGCGAAGUUAAGGAGCUGCAGAGUGACGGCCUUCAGUCCAGGCAGUGUGAUUGCUCACUUCACAGUGAUGUUCGGGGACGUUGUGGAAGUAACAGUGGUGCAGGAACAGUUAAUCUCAGGGUUACAGAAUAUUCCAGACGCAACGCUCGUCAUAAACAGCAGCAGCGUUCAGGUCACAGACAUUUCCACUACACAGACUCCACCUACAACCACACCUACAACAGUAGAAUGUCCUAUUGGGCAGAUAUUGUGCAGAGACAAGUUGACGUGUGUUUUAAAAAACCUUUUCUGUGACGGAGAACCGAACUGUCCUGACGCCUCUGAUGAGUCUCACAGCACUUGUGUGACGAUGUGUGAUAGACAGUUCCUCCUGCAGCGGCCGAGUGGAUUUUUCCACAGCAGUAAUUUUCCUCUGGAUUAUGCCAGUAAUACAGUCUGUCGCUGGAUCAUACGAGUUAAUAAAGGCCUGAGCAUAAGGAUCGACUUUGAAGUGUUUGAUACAGAAAAAGAUAUCGAUAUUCUGUAUCUGUACGAGGGGAUUGGAGCUGCCAAAACACUGGCGUACUCGCUGUCCGGUUCGUCUCCUGGAGUCGUUUGGAUUUUUUCCCAUGAGGCCACAGUGGUGUUCCUGUCUGAUAUGAUCAUCAACCGGCAAGGAUUUAUCGCCACAUACCAAGCGGAGAACCUCACACUCCUCAGCAAUGAGGAGAAGAUUAACUGCUCGUUUGAGGAGGGAUUCUGUUUCUGGAGACACGACGCUGAUGAUGAAGGAGACUGGAUGAGGAAGAGCGGAUCUUCUUCCCCUCCUGGGUUCGGGCCGAGCUUCGACCACACGUUCGCGAACCAGUCCGGCUACUACAUCAUCACUCCAGUGAGUCCAGGGAGCUGGGAUAAGAUGUUCCGUCUCCGCAGCCUCCCGUUGGCUCCUGCAUCAGAACCCACGUGUUUGAGGUUCUGGUAUUACAUGUUUGGUGAGGAUUUCCUGAGUCUGAGGGUGAUCUCACAACGAGACUCGAACAUCACAGUUCUGUUCCAGAAAGAGGGAAACUACGGGAACAGCUGGACCUACGGACAAAUCACCAUAAACGACGGGACCAAUCAGAUGAUUGUAUUUGAAGCGAUAAAGAGAGGCGGUGUGACAAACAGCGUCGCACUGGAUGACCUCAGCAUGACCUCUGGGCCGUGUGGACCAGCUCCCCCUGACCCGACUCUCCUCCCUCCGACGCCGGCGGAUUGUGGAGGUCCUUUGGAUCUUUAUGAAUCAAACUCGACCUUCAGCUCACCAAAUUAUCCUCUCAGCUACGGACACGGUGCAUCAUGUUUGUGGAUUUUACAUGCUAAUCCAGGGCAAAAUAUCCAGCUGCAUUUCCAAGACUUUUCACUAGAGGCAGUGUAUGACGUGGUGGAGGUUCGGGACGGAGUUGAUCCGAAUUCCACUUUACUGAAUGUGUUAACAGGGGCUGAGCGUAAGUUUCCUGACCUUUACUCCACCAGCUCUGAGAUGAUGGUGAUGUUCUUCUCUGAUGCUUCUGGAAACAAUCGCGGAUUUCUGGCUAAUUUUAGCACAGGCUUUAACCUCGGACAAUCAGAGCCGUGUAGGGCAGGUGAGUAUCGCUGCAGAUCCGGAGUGUGUGUGUCUGAUACCAGUGUGUGUGACGGUGUUAGUGACUGCCCCGAUGCUUCAGACGAGGCACAGUGUGUGCACUUAACCCCAGCGGAUUCUCCUCGUCUGAAGGUUGAGAUUCAGAGCCGCCUCUACACGGCCUGUUCCUCCGACUGGAGCUCCAACUUCUCCCUGUACUACUGCAGAUAUUUAGGCUACAGAUCAGGUAACGCUUCGUUCGUGUCUGUUGUGGCUGAAGACGCACCGUUUGUCGUCGUGACUCAGGCUGCUGACGGCGCAGUGGAUGUGAAACCCAGUGAAACGUGUCGGAGUAACGAGGCCGUAUCGCUCCACUGCAAUAACCAACCGUGUGGGAAGCGGAAGGUUGUAAUAAACACAGAGUCCAGGGUGGAAACGGAGGAGGGAACGAGUGAAGGUGUGGACGGGAGGAUCGUGGGAGGAGAGGAUGCGGUGAAGGGGGCGUGGCCAUGGAUCGCCUCACUACGCUUUACAGGACGACACAUCUGCGGAGCCGCGAUAAUCGACUCGCAGUGGCUGGUUACGGCCGCGCACUGCGUUUACGGAAGGAACAUUCACCUCUCCAACUGGAACGUGGUUUUGGGUCUUCAUGCUCAGUACGAAUCCAACACGUCAGACAGACAACAUCAUAACGUGGAUCAGAUCAUCAUGAACCAAAACUACAACAAAAGAACCAAAGACUCAGAUAUCGCACUUAUGCACUUACAGGACAAAAUCACCUUCACAGACUACAUCCAGCCGAUCUGCCUGCCGGGUCCAAAUCAGCAGUUUGAGACAGAAAGAAAGUGUUUCAUCGCAGGCUGGGGGAGAUUAACUGAAGGAGGUAAUACUGCUGAUGUAUUACAGCAGGCUGUGGUGCCCCUGAUCAAUAACAGUGUGUGUCAGGAGAGGCUUCCUGAGUACAAAAUAACUGAACAGAUGGUGUGUGCGGGAUACCCUGAGGGUGGAAUUGACAGCUGUCAGGGUGACUCCGGAGGCCCAUUGAUGUGUGAGGAGGAGGAUGCGUCCUGGGUUUUGGCGGGUGUGACAUCGUUUGGCAGGGGCUGUGCUCGACCUGGACGUCCAGGAGUUUAUGCACUGGUUCCCAAGUUCACGGACUGGAUACUGGAAACUCGCCGGCUAUAUACAGAGUGAAAUGGAACGAGAUCAGGACAUGGUGUCAUGGAUGUUGUAAAUAUCACAGAAUUAUAAUAUUCUAACUAAUCUCCAAGUCUCAGUUGUGUACAGGAGAAGGUUCUCAGUAUAUUAAAGAACACCAAAUAAAAGAAACCAAAACCUUC